UGUUACGUACGUCGAGCUCGGCUAAUUCACCAUGGUUCUCUCACAUUUUGUAAUACGUCACGACUUGCAAAUUCGCAUUACAGUUUGGCUGACCUUGGUGGUAUUCUUGCCCAUGCCCGAAAUGCUGCCCUUUUUGCAUAAGAUAAAAUGGAAACCGCUGUUCUUCCUUCCUUGUUCCAUCAAGCUAUCUCGCCCCUUCACUCUCUUUGUGGCUGACGGCUUCUAAACAAGGCUGAUAUCAGCCCGCAGCAGCAGUGUCAUCAUGGCACAGCCGACUAAAUGGUAACCUGAAAGAUAAACGAGGGAGAGAGAGAACCAGC